GCGGGCACCGCGACGCCGAUGACCAGGCCCGAGCGGAAGAUCUACCUCGACGAGAUGAUUCACUGGAUCAGCUUUGCGCUCAGAAACAUCAGCCAAUCGCAAGUCGACCGCGCGUGCCGGCAAGCGCGCCUGUGGUGCGUGCAUUUCGCCAUGUUGCAGAGGAUCAUGGUCCCCGCGUACAGUGAGAAGCUCAAGAAAUGCAAGGGGCUGGAAAACGGCAGGCUCAAGAUCGGAAAUUACCAUAGUUUCCGCAAGUUCGCCUGGGGCUUCCUGCUCGACAAGGUGCCCGGCACGGUGGGGUGGGACAGCAAAGACGCAGACGACGAUGAGCCCGGCGCGGACGGCGCGGACGGCCAGGGCGACUCUGGGGCCGCCGCUACACUGGAGGCCGAAGUGGCGAAGCAAUUGAAAGUUGACCCGGUCGUGGUGGGCAGGUGCUUCGAGGUCAUCAAGACCAGGGCCAACAUCCAGAAGGAGAUUGGCCUUUUCCUCAAGGACAACCCGCUGAAUCUGUUGGGGGCGAUGCACGUGGCGAAGCGGAGUCACGCCUGCCUGAGCAAAAUUCUCAACUCUUUAUGGGCUGAGGUGAUCACCGUUGGAACGGGCGGCUUCACCGCGAUAUUCGCGCCAGGCCUAACUUACAUGGACACGGCGAAGGCCAUCGUCACCACCGUCGGCAAAGUACUUUUGGAGUAUCUCGACGGUACUUUCGUUCAGGUGGCCCAGGACCUCCAGACCAUCGGGCAACAGUUUGGCCAGUACUGCUUCUCCACAGUGAGCCCCCAAUUGCAGCUGCUGCUGCAGGCUUUCGGCGAUGCGGACGCGACCGAGAAGAAUCUGGAGACGUUCCUGAGUCUGAGGGCAAAGUAUGCAAUCCAGUGCUUCAGCGAGCUGAAGGACAUGAGGGCCCACGUGCAUCAGGCUGGCGCGGUUGGCGGCCUGGACUCUAGCUCAGAUGGGCCCAUUGCAGAAGCUUUCAAUUGCAUGGAGUCCUCAUUGGCCUUCCUGGUACAUUUCGGCCCUAGCGUUUAUGUCAUGGAUGCCAGUCACGGCACGUCGAUGGAAAGUUGGGUGGCUGGUUGGGCGGGGGCAAUCGAGAAGACCAGCAAGGUGGCCCAGCAAGUGUUCACGCCCAAGACAGAGCAGGAAUGGGCCAAGAUCGGCCAACAUGCCCGCGGCAGGUUGUCACCUAUGACCAAGACCGACCAGCUGGCCAAACUCGGGGAGGGAGAGAGGACAACGGCCCAGAGCGAGAAUUGGAAGAAGGAGCAGAUAAUCGAGCUCCUGGUCGGUGCCAUUGUUGAGCAACAGAAGGAAGAUGAAAAAGAGGUCGCGGAGGAGUGGCGCAAGGUCGCAUCCGACUACAGCGAACACGUCAGAAUUCUGAAGUCGAAGGACAGCCAGGAUAGCAAUGCCAGCAUCGAUUCGAUGCUGGAUCAGGUGGACUCCUCGGUCGGCGGCGAUAGCAAGUUCACUAAGCUGUACUCUGGUGCUGGCCACUCCCCAGAGACCUCUAGCAAUUUCCACUCCAUCGACGCCGCUGCCAAACUCACUAGCUUGGUCCAUGCGAAGCACUCGGACUAUGGCUGCAGCGAAUUAUUUCGCGCGGCCGUUUCGGACACGAAGCUUCUCAACAAACCUUGUCCAAAGGUGUUCGCUGAGUUUGAGUGCGUGCCACGCCCCGAGGAUCUCGUUCUGACGCUCACGGGGAAGGUGACGGUCGGGGACUCGGCGCCAGUCUCCAAGAACGUCUACGCGGCGGGGUCGUUGCUCAAUGGCGACAAGCUGUUCAUCCACCCCUCCAUGAGUGCCGUGCUGCCGCGUUCGCCAGGGUCUAUCCCUGGGUGGUUCGUGAGGCCGCUGAGAUCGGACUCGACGAAGCCGCCGACCAUGGUCCCCCGCAAUGUGGAGAUG